AUGUUGAGCGUCUGGUGGGGAGUUCAUGAAAUCUACCGUUUCGAACUGCUGCCGGACAACUCAACAGAUACUGCCGAGGUCUACUGCGCUCAACUGCAAAGACUGGCCGACAAGAUCCGCAAGGAGCACCCGAAGCUCGACAACGUUCGCCUGCUGCACGAUAACGCGUGCCCUCACAUCGCGAAGAAGACUUCUCAGAAAAUUCUGGAGUUCGGAUGGGAAGUUCCGCACCCACCGUACAGCCCAGACCUGGCCCGGAACGGCUACCACCUCUUACGCUUCAGCAUCACCUGGAAGAUGAUCGUGACCCCCUCGAAAAUGACCUUUGGGCUUUCUUCGCCUCCAAGUCGCCGGAGUUCUAUGCCAAAGGAAUCCGUGAUCUUGUGA